AUGUCUACCUGGUUUUCCUCCAACAGUGUGGAUAUCACCUCUUAUUUAAAUGAAGCCUGCUCUGAAUCCAUUCCAAAUGGCGAUAUCGAUUUCCCCAAGGCUCUAGAACUAGUUGAUUUAAUCAAAGCAAAAAAAAUCAAAUCAAAGGACUUCCUUAAAAGCUUUGAACAAAAAUUGGUUGCAAAUAAAAAUCCCAAUAACCAAAUUUCUUUACUAAAUUUAGUCGACUUGUUGAUUAAAAAUUGUGGCAUCAAUUUCUCCUUGGAGAUUUUCAAUUCAAAUCAAUCAAAUACCUCCAGUGACAAUGAAUCAAGCUCAAUAAUUAGAAGCUCUUUAUUAAAUAAAUUGUUAUUCUUACUUCAUAAUAACAAUAUCAAUAAGUUUGUUAAAGACAAAAUCUUGGAAAUGAUUCAAAACUGGAAAAUUUUAUUCAAAAAUAAUAAUAAUUUAAAUAACUCCAUCAUACAAGUUUAUAAUCAAUUGAAAUUUGAAAAUUUUAAAUUUCCCUCAUCAACCCAAUCCCAAGUUUUAAAUGACACAUUUUUAGAUUCAAGAGUUCCUCCAGACUGGGUUGAUUCAGAUUCCUGUAUGAUAUGUUUUAAUAAUUUUACAACAUUUACAAGAAAACAUCAUUGUAGAAGCUGUGGAGGAGUAUUUUGUCAAUCUCACUCAUCCAAAAAUUUGCCCUUGCCUUCAAUCGGUAUAACUGAACCGGCUAGGGUUUGCGAUUCAUGUUUUGAUCAAAUUAAAUCAAAGACUAAAUCAAAAAGUAAAAAGAAAGCCCCGAUUUCAAUUUCGAAUCCAAUUAUUAAUCCCAAUUCAAGCUCAAAUUCAAAUAUAAAUUUGCGGUCAAGAUAUUCUAACAGUAAAGAUGCCCCUAUUGACGAUGAAGAGGUUGAUGAUUUGAAGAGAGCAAUUAAAUUAUCUUUGCAAGAGUCAAAUAAAAACCAGUCCACUAGAUAUUCUUCACCGCCAUAUAAUUCAGUGUCAAAUAAAGUCAGUAGCAAUACUGGUGAUCGACCAGUUGUCUUUGAAACGAAUGACGAUAGUGAUUUAGAUGAAGAUAUGAAAAAGGCAAUUGCUGCUAGUUUACGCGAUGCAGAAGAGGAGAAACUUAGAAGAGAAAAAAAAGAAAAUUUGCAAAAACAACAAUUGGGUUCAAAUUUACAAUCAAAUAACUACCAAAAUGAUGGUUAUAAUAAUAGUAAUAAUCAUAAUAAUUAUAAUACUUAUAGUAGUAAUGGUUAUGUUGGAUUUGAUGCAAAUGCGUACAGAUCAAAUAGUGCCAUUGAAAAUGAUAAUACAAUAUCAAAUGCAAACAUAAACACCUCUAGCAAUGAAGGAACUGAUCAAAUACGAAAAAUAUCUAAUGAAAGAGUAAACGUUAAGGAUGAAGAGAAUAUUCAUUUGUUUUCUAAAUUGGUUGAAAACCAACAGUUAAGACCAGAGAACAUUUUAGAAGAUCACGAAUUACAGUCGUUAUAUUCAAACAUAAUUAAAGUAAGACCUAAAUUAACUAAGAAUCUCAAUGAUGAUUUGACUAAAUAUGAACAAUUUGUUGAUAUGCAUAAUAAAAUUGGAACAAUAAUGAGAUUAUAUGAUUCAUUAUUGGAAAGAAGAUUAGCAGGAGUUUAUAGAAGAAACUCUUUUAAUAACCAACAACAAAAACAAGCGCAACAACAAUUGCAGCAACAGCAACAGCAACAGCAACAGCAACAGCAACAACAAUUUCAGCAACAGCAACCUAAUUUUCAAGAAAACCAAUAUUCUCAACUGUCGUUAUCACAAAUAGAGUGCCAACAAACAAAUAAUAGUUCAAAUUAUCAAGAACAGUACUUGGAAAGUUAUCAAGAUCAGUAUACAAAAAAUCCAGAAAGACAAGUUAAUCAAAAUCAAACAAAUAACUUUUCAGAGCAAGAAGCGGUUCAGUCUCAGGAAACAUCCCAAUUGAAUAAUAGAUCAGGAUCUCAUCAAAAUGGAUUUAAUGAUUCUAACGCCAAUGGAAGAAUACCUGUGAAUGCAUCAGAACCUCCAGAAUAUCAUACAACUGGAUUUGAAUAUCAUAAUGAACCAUCGGCCCCAGCAUAUGAGAGUCCAAUCACUAAUAAUUUUCCGAAAACUGUUGCAAAACCAGCAUCUAGUUAUUUACAAGAUCUUGCCUUUCCUACGCCAGCCGAAGAAGAAGAGAGCAAAAUAAAAAAUAAGGUGUUGCUGCCUGCAAGUCAGCUAUUCAUGGCACCCGUCAGCGAUGGCAUUGAUUACUCAAGGGUGUCUGCCAUCAGUAGAACUGCUUCCAACCAGGAAUACCAACAAAAGCAGAACGAGGCUCCACAGAGCCACGAGGCCAACAGAGAAAACCUGCAGCACUACUCAGCUUCCAAUGGGCCCUUGAAUCUGUCCAUCUUCCCUGCAGUUCCAACUGCACCUGUGGAACAGCACCAGUCAAACCAGCGAGGUAGGUACAGUGCCAGGGAAGAGGCGCCAUUGAUCGAGUUGUGA